CACCGCCGCAGCUCCGCCGUCUGUUGUGAUUCAGUUGAUUUAAGGACCAACUGAGCUGAGAUAUUUUUCUUCAAAUGUGUUCUGGAGAAGAGGGAAAAUUAUAAACACAUGGGAUAUUACGAGGCAAGUGGCUAUUUUAGGUUUCUUCAAAAUAUUCUACAAUCCCGAAUGAGUUUUGGAGAGGUGCUUCUUUGCUGGCACACACACAGAGAAGAGCGGGACUUGUUCCCAAUGACCAGAUCUGCUCCUCCAUACCUCAUAGUAAUCUUGAUUCACCCUUGCCGUGGAAAAAAGGUGGUAUAUAAAGAGGAUCAACUCCGGUGUAACCACUGAAGUCUACUGACAUACUAUUGCAAAAAUGAAGUUUGUUAAAGAAGAGAGUGAAGACAUGAGUAUUACAGAGCAAUGCAGAAUGAAACAUGAAGAUACUGAGGAACGAAGAGACUUGAUAGAAGUAAAAGAAGAAAGUCAAGAACUGGAUGACGUGGAGGAGAAACACCAUCUAUAUCAUACAUUAAAUAAUUUCAUCACUGGUGAAGAUUCUUUUAGUGUCUCGAAGACUGAAAAUAAUUUCUCACAGAAAAGAACUAAAAAAACAAGUGACGAAAACACAUUCACCUGCACUCACUGUGGAAAGAGUUUUGCACAAGCAGCCCAUCUCACACUUCAUCUGCAAAAUCACACUGGAUUAAGACCAUUUAACUGUGAACAGUGUGGCAAGAAAUUUAGUCGGAAAUCAAAUCUGAAGGUACACAUGACAACUCACACAAAUAAGCCAUUUGUGUGUUCUUGUUGUGGAAAGAGUUUCGCUCAUUCAGGACUCCUGAAAGCACAUGAGAGAGUGCAUACUGAAGAGAAGCCAUACCACUGUACUUCAUGUGGGAAAAUGUUCUCAAAGAGAAAACAUCUAAAUAGUCACAUGAAAAUUCACACUGGAGAAAAGCCUGUCCUCUGCCAUCAGUGUGGAAAGAGUUUCAGAGAUAAAGGUGAUCUUCAGCGUCACAUGAGAAUUCACACUGGAGAAAAACCCUUCCCCUGCCAUCAGUGUGGAAAGAGUUUCAGAGUGAAAGGAGAUCUUAAACGUCACAUGAGAAUUCACACUGAAGAGAAGCCAUACCACUGUACUUCAUGUGGGAAAAUGUUCUCAAAGAGAAAACAUCUAAAUAUUCACAUGAAAAUUCACACUGGAGAAAAGCCCUUUCCCUGCCAUCAGUGUGGCAAGAGUUUUAGAAAGAAAGGUGAUCUUCAGCGUCACAUGAGAAUUCACACUGGAGAAAAACCCUUCCCCUGCCAUCAGUGUGGAAAGAGUUUCAGAGUGAAAGGAAGUCUUCAACGUCACAUGAGAAUUCACACUGGAGAGAAGCCAUACCACUGUACUUCAUGUGGGAAAAGUUUCUCAAACAGAAUAAAUUUAAAUCGUCAUAUAAACAUUCACACUGGAGAGAAGCCCUUCCCCUGCCUUCAGUGUGGAAAGAGUUUCAGAGAGAAAGGAAAUCUUCGGCUUCACAUGAGAAUUCACACUGGAGAGAAGCCUUACUCUUGCUCUCAGUGUGGAAAGAGUUUCACACUUGCAGGACAUCUCAAACUUCAUCUGCAAAAUCAUUCUGGAUUAAGACCAUUUAACUGUGAUCAGUGCAGCAAGAAAUUUAUUUUGGCAUCUCAUCUAAAGGCACACAUGACAUCUCAUACUAAUGAGAAGCCUUACCUGUGUUCUUUUUGUGGAAAGAGUUUCGGUACAUCAGGACACCUGAAAGCACAUGAGAGAGUGCAUACUGGAGAGAAGCCAUUCAAAUGCACUAUAUGUGGGAAGAAUUUCACCCAAUUAAGUGGUCUGAAGUCUCAUUUAAAAAAGAGCUGCUCAAAAUUAUAAUUGUGAGCAUGGUUAUUUCAGGGUCAACACUUAUGUUUUUAAUGUAUAACAUAACUUCAGUCAGUUUACUAGAUCUGUUGUAGUCAUAUAAUAAUUUCAAAAACAUGAACCAUAAAGGUCAGGAGCAGAAAAAUACAUGCUAAAAGGCAUUCUUUGCAAAAAUAAUUUUGAUAUUUAUUUUUUUUUCGUUCUUGUUUUUUAGUAAAAAUAUCUAAACAUUCUUAAAACAAGAUAUUUUUACUUCACAAGCUAAAUGUCAUCAUUGUAAGUCUUCUUUUGAACUGAAUUCAGUGAAGUUUAGGCUUAAAACAAGAAAAAAAUAUUUGCAAAUGGGCUAAGAAAUAUUAUUUUAAGCAUAAUGUUUACUAAAUUUGGUCAGAUUUAUCUGAAAACAAGACAUUGUUUCAUUAGCCAUUUAAAUAUAUUUCUAUCAGUAAGACUCGCAGACUUGAGGUAAAUGUAAGAUGGCAUUUAUUUGAUGAAUAUAAAACAGAAAAGUAAGGUCUCUCUUUGGCGUAGGGCCCUGUCUGGCGGUCCAAAGUUAUAGUACUCGGAACCGUCAUAUCCUGCCAGAGAUAAGAGGCAGAGGCGAGGAGCCUACCCCCGUGCAGGACGGGACUCAACUGGUGGUGGUAGGGUGGUGGAGGUUGCCAUGUUAGCACGCUGAAACAGCAAUGUGAUAGAUUGUGAGCAGACAUUAUAAAGCAAUGGUUUACAUGUGAUUGGCUGGGAAUUACCCAGCUAAUGGUGCGAUGAUGUACAGCUGCUAGUCUUCCUGCUAGAACUACGCUGGGCUUACAUAUAUUGUUUUAUGAAUACUGGCUGGGUUAGAAGACCAUUUUUUUUGUUUGUUUGUUUUCAUUGUAUAAAUGAUCAUAACCUUGUAAAAGACUUAUCUACCAGAUUGUAUAUCAAUAACAUCUGAAUAACAGGAAUAACCUUGCAUAUUAAAUAAAAAUUAAAUUGGGGUUCAAUUAAUGUAUUAUUUUUUUGUCACAAUUAAAUAGAUUUUGAUCAGCAUGAUACAGUAGACCUUCUGAUAACAUGAAAUGAAGGCCCUGUUUAUACCUGCUAUUAUUAAACAGCACUCUGCAAUACUUAAUUCUAUUGAAUCAGUCCCACCAUCGAGCAGAGUAACUACCACACAUCCAGGGAUUAAGAUGUAUCAGAC